AAUGCUAAUUCAUUCAGCACUAUAAGAGAGAAGGCAUAUGGGAUGAAAGUGCAACUGGCGCGAUACCGUGCUUCCGGUGUAAUCGCUUAUAAUCUCCUCCGCUAUCCCCUGCAAACUCUAGAGUACGAUGGAGAGGCAUCGCUUCGGCGACGGCGGAAAGUACUCGAGAAUGCCGUCACGGUGGCCAUCAGACACCCAACCGAACCAGCACCAACGUUUCCCUAGAGGCGGUGGAAUCGCCGGCGGCGGAGAAGGCUUCGGUGGCCGAUACCACCCUUACCGUGGCCAGCCUGACUAUUCUUCUGCCGGCGGUCAGGGUUUCCGCGAUGGUCACGGGGACUUGGGUAGUCAUCAGAUGCCGAUGGGUGGUCAGAAGCGAGGGUUUGCGGGCAGAGGAGGUUCUCCAGACUUUGGUGAGGGAAACAAGUUUGCCAAACUGUUCAUUGGGUCGAUUCCGAAGACUGCAACUGAAGAAGAUAUUCGUCCUUUAUUUGAGGAACAUGGUGAUGUUGUUGAAGUGGCUUUAAUUAAGGAUUGGCGAACUGGUCACCAACAAGGUUUUGGCUUCAUUAAAUAUGCAUCCUCAGAGCAUGCUGAUAGAGCUAUAAGAGCUUUGAACAAUCGAUAUACAUUACCUGGGGCUACUGUACCAAUUCAAGUCAAAUAUGCUGAUGGUGAACGGGAUCGGUUCGGCCCAUCUGAGGACAAGUUGUUUGUUGCAUCACUCAACAGGCGAGCCACUGAAAAAGAAGUCGAGGAAAUUUUUGCUCUCUAUGGGCAUGUUGAGGAUGUUUACCUUAUGAAAGAUGAGAUGAAACAAAGCCGUGGAUGUGGUUUUGUGAAGUUUUCGAACAGGGAUAUGGCUUUAGCAGCAAUGAACGCAUUACAUGGGACUUAUGUGAUGAGGGGAUGUGAUCAACCAUUAAUUGUCCGGUUUGCAGAACCAAAGAGGCCAAGGCCUAUAGAUCAGAGGUUUUUCUGUUCGCUUGAAAUUGUAGUUUCUGUCUCUUCAAGAAGAGCUUCACUUCUUUUCCUUACUUUCGUAACAAACCUUCGUGAAUGGAAGAAAAGGGUUAUUGAUGUUGUGCAACCAGAAAAUUUUGAUGAGGCACGUGGUGGCCACAUACCUCAUAAGCGUUGGACCCCACAAAGUCCACAGUCAGGUGGGCUGCCAACUCAGUCAAGUACUCAAGGAUUUGGAAGUCAAACAACUGUCAUGGGUGGCAUUACUCCUACGUUGGCUGUUGGAUCCGGCUCCUUUGGAGAUGCUGUGCCUUCUACAAAUGGUGCUUUGCCAAAUGUUGCACCGAUAUCAUCUUCUUCUCAGAGUUUUAACCCACCUAUUGCGCAAGCCCCUCCAGCUAUGGGCCAACAUGUGUUGCCAUUGCAGAAGUCUCUCCCGUUGCCCCAAAAUUUACCACCGGCAUUGCCAGUGCAUAAUGCUCUUCUUUCAUUUUCACAUGCACAAACACAAGCUUUACAAGCACCAAUGCAGCAACUUGGACAGUUUCAGCUUCCCCAAUCCAUCGGGUUCAACUCUUUCAGUCAAGCACAGCAAGUUCCUGGUCUCAGUGCACAACUAUCUGCCUCUCCAUCUCUAACUCCACAAAAUGCCACUGCUGCUACUCUGCUUAAUUCUAAUCAGCAACUUGGGCAGCAACAAGGUUUGCCAGCUGUUCCUAAUCAACAGCAGUUGCCUUUUUCUAACAUCUCGCAGCAGUUGCUUCAGCAACCAGGACAUCAGUUGCCAACCCAGAUGCUGCUGCAGCAGCAAGCUCAAACUUUACAGUCAAGCUACCAGUCUUCACAGCAGGCAAUUUUUCAGAUUCAACAACAGCUACAGAUGAUGCAGCACUCAAAUCUAAAUCAGCAGCAGAGUUCUCAGUCUGCCAAGCAGCAGUCACCAUGGUCUGGCCCACCAGCAACUUCAACUACUCCUAGCAUGCUUGGUGCUGCUAUCCCAUCAACUAUAUCUGCAAACCCAUCAAAUGCUUUAAGUGCGCCAUCUGGAGCUGCUGCUUCAACUUGCAACUGGACGGAGCAUACUUCUCCUGAAGGAUUUAAAUACUACUACAAUAGUGUCACCCGUGAAAGCAAGUGGGAAAAACCAGAAGAGCUAACAGUUUUUGAGCAACAGCAACAGCAGAAGUUGCUAUUACUGCAGCAGCAACAGCUACUGCUGCAGCAACAGAAAAUCGUUGCCCCACAACUUAAAUCUCCCUCUCAUGCUCCAUCACAGAUGCAGGUUCAGACUAUACAACAAAUGGCUUCAACACAAGUACAGCCUCAAAUGCAGCCAAGACAGCAAGCGCAAUUGCAAAUCCUUCAACCUUCCUUAGCUUAUCAGGCACCUGGUGUGGCAGGUCAUCAAUCUGUUCUGGAUCUCAGCAAUCCACAACUACAUGGAGCUGGCUCUGUCAUGGACUCUACCAAAAUGCCAAAAAUGCUCUGACUAAUCUUAGGUUCAUGAAACUACCACUUUCCGGCUAUUGGGCAAGGGAUCACCUCAAAACUGAGCUGUAGGCCUCAACUAUAACUGUAUUAUGCUUUUAAGGCAGUAGGAGAAACCACUCUUUUUAAGGCUUUUGUGUCUCGAAUGAACUUGUUUCCUGUACCAUUGCUGCUGUAGCCUUCAGAUAGCUGUUUAAAUUUACCUUAAAAUGACAGUAUUUUUUAACAAGUUUCUUAUUUAUCAAGCUUUUCUAAA